GCACUAUAAAAGCGCGUCCCCGAGGAGCUUCUCUUACUUUCCCGGAUCAGAAGUGCUGCAUGUCUGAGAGCUUCAGUCCAGAACCAGAACCAGAACAACAUGCUGCGGGUCAGAUGCCUGAGAGGAGGAAGCCGCGGAGCAGAAGCCGCACAUCUCAUCGGCGCUAUGGUGGGGCGCGCGGUGUCGGGAUGGGUGUCGCGCGCGUUCCGCAGCACCUCGAGCUCCGCCGCAGCGCAGCUCCCGCUCACGGUGGACGAGCCGGUUACUGAUCACGCGCCCGAGGAGUGCCCCGUGUGCGCGUACAAUGAGUGGGACCCGCUCGAGGAAGUGAUUGUCGGGCGAGCCGAGAACGCCUGCGUGCCCCCGUUCACCGUGGAGGUCAAGGCCAACACCUAUGAGAAAUACUGGCCCUUCUACCAGCAGUACGGCGGACAGACAUUCCCGAAGGACCACGUGAAGAAAGCAGUUGCUGAAAUCGAGGAAAUGUGCAAUAUUCUGCAGCACGAGGGUGUUACAGUGAGACGACCGGAACCGAUCGACUGGUCAUUAGAGUACAAAACCCCUGACUUCACCUCCACAGGCAUGUACGCAGCCAUGCCGAGAGACAUCCUGAUCGUGGUGGGAAACGAGAUCAUCGAGGCUCCGAUGGCCUGGAGGGCCCGGUUCUUCGAGUACCGCGCGUAUCGGCCCCUCAUUAAGGAGUACUUCAGGCGGGGAGCCAAGUGGACCACUGCACCCAAACCCACCAUGAGUGACGAGCUGUACGAUCAGGACUACCCCAUUCGCACAGUGGAGGACAGACACAAGCUGGCGGCUCAGGGGAAGUUCGUCACCACAGAGUUCGAGCCGUGUUUCGACGCUGCAGACUUCAUCAGGGCCGGCACUGACAUUUUUGUACAGAGGAGUCAGGUUACAAACUUCAUGGGCAUCGAGUGGAUGAGACGUCACCUCUCCCCCACCUACAAGAUUCACAUCAUCUCCUUCAAAGAUCCCAACCCCAUGCACAUCGACGCCACCUUCAACAUCAUCGGGCCGGGACUGGUGCUGUCCAACCCCGAUCGGCCCUGCCGGCAGAUCGACAUGUUCAAGAAAGCCGGCUGGACUGUGGUGACCCCUCCGACUCCUCUUAUUCCAGACAAUCAUCCGUUGUGGAUGUCGUCCAAAUGGCUGUCCAUGAACGUCUUGAUGCUGGAUGAGAAACGUGUGAUGGUGGACGCUAAUGAGAUGACCAUACAGAAAAUGUUUGAAAAUCUCGGUAUCAACACUAUCAAAGUCAACAUCCGCCACGCCAACUCCCUGGGCGGAGGCUUUCACUGCUGGACGACGGACGUGCGCCGUCGCGGAUCCCUGCAGUCUUACUUCCUCUAGCCUGCCAGAGACUCGCAGUUCUUAUUGAGCUCAGAUUCGAGCACCGUCUGCAUGCUUUGAUUGCGCUGUGCAUGUCAGGGCUUUUGCAAAUGCCACAGAUGAACGUGAUGAAUAGAAACCUCAGUGAUCUCAAUAACAACUGCAUUUCUGGCCGGCUGUUGUAGUAAUGACUCCAGUGACGCAGGCAGAGCCCCCCCCCCACCACAGAAGAAGAGUUUCUACCUCCUAUUUACCAAAAACAGAAAACAUAUUUUGAAUUGUAAUGACUUCUUAUAUCAUGCAUUUUAAUGAUUUUUUUUUUUACCCUACAUGUGAUGUGACAAGUGUUGAUUUGUAACUCAGGUAUUUUUGUAGCCAUAUUUCAGCUAUUUUGUAAGAAUUUCAUGAAAAUGUAAAUAUCUAUAUGCAUAUGCAUUAUCUUAGUGCGCAUAUACUCUUCCCUUCACUAAAGUGUUUUAUAGCAUCUGCCUCUGAUGUCAUUCACAAUAGCAGGAGUCAGGAACGCUACGCUACCGCUUAUACAUACAACGUGUUUGCAACGUUCAGAGAACGUUUGGCUGAUCGUUUUGCGUUGUGUUUGUGCUUUGAUUCUCUAGUUUAACUUGCUGGGUGAGAUUGCUCUUUUAUCAACACAUGAUUCUGUGUCAGGUCAAACUAAAUCCAAUAAAGAAACACUUGGAAAUCA